AUGGAUGCAUUGCAGCGACCCGUUCAACGCACUGCUCUUCCUCAUCGACCCAGCAUCUCGCCACUGGACACGGCAGACGAAGAGGAAAGGGCCUUCUUCCUCGCCCCUUCCUCGCGCGCGCGCGGCAUGGGCGACGACGACGCGUGCUCCGUCGAUUCCUCGGACACGGCCGAACCUCUGCCCAGAAAGAGGCAGAGGCAGAGGCGAGCGAGCACAAGCGAUGGGGGUGAAGCGCAUCGUCCGCCUACUAUCCUCACCUCUCUCAAGCUCAGCAAGUCUUCGCCCAUUCACUCCCAGAGUCGAAAUGAGGUCAAGGUGGACGUGCAACCCGACGUGGCGCAGAAGUAUGGCAGAAUCAUAGCGGGACAGCGCAAGAGCAAGACUGGUAAAGUUCAGCAGCAAGACAAUGUGAAUCCUCUUCGCUUGCCGCUCUCGUCCAGUUCUCCCAUCUCCGUCUUUUCCGCAGCUCAUAUUUCUCCUCUGUUGCAGCAGCAGCAGCAGCAGCAGCGAAGCAAGAUGACAACGCCCAGCAAUCGUGAAGGUCAAGUCGUACAUCCGAGUCGCGCGAUCAAAGACGAGCCCGAUCGAGCUAUCAAAAAGCUGUCGAGCGACACGCGCCACGCGGCCACAAAAAUUGCCAAGCAAAAUGCGUCCUUUGCUGCUCAAGCUCGCAAACGCAAGCUUGACCGUUCGACUGGCAAGCAAGAGCAGAGCGAAGCAUCCAAGCGCAGAAAGAAGCGCAAACGUAGCGCAAAGAGCCAGAGCCGAAGCGGCAGUCUCAGCCUCAGCAGCGCCGACAUUGUCAUCGUCACUCCAACACUGAGCCGCACAAAGCCAAAGCCGGCACAACAGAGCAAAAAUGUUUGCGCAUCGAAAAAGGCGAUUCGUGCCCGGUCGUUGCCACCUGCAAGGUCGGACGACGUUGCGUCGAUGAGCAUGCCGUCAUCGUCACCGCCGCCGCCACCGCCACCGCAGUACAGCGAGAAGGCGAUCCCGCGUGCGUGCAUGAGCACUCCGUCGCCACUUCGAUCUGCGGCAGACAAGCAGGCUGGUGAUGUGGACAUGAACGACGAUGGCAACUCGUUGGAUACUCCAUCGCCACUGCAGCACGCGCAUACAUGCGCCGAUGAUCGCCAAACCGAACAGCAUCCGAGCCAGCUUGCGGGUGAUUGCGACGAAGUUUCGUUGAGCACGCCUUCCCCACCUGAAAAUCGCCGCAUGUACAUCGUGCCAAGACCGCACAAGAAGGUGUCCAAGGGGCGCGUGAGCAGUGGUGAUCAGUCGUUGGAUACGCCGUCUCCUCCGCAGCAGCUGCGGGUGCAGAAAAGCGCAAAGCUCGGCACCAAGUCGUCCGACGUCGAUGCUGCUGCGGACAAGACGAUGAGCAAAGCUUCUUGCUUGCAAAGGGCACACGCGAUGGCAAAGCAAGGCAAGAAAGCAGCCUUUGAUUCCGAUCAACUUAUGAGCACUCCUUCACCUCCAAAGGCUAGCAGCUCCUCGCAAAUCCUUGCAAAAACCGUCAAUGGCAAGACAUCUUCGAAAGCGAGCGUCAACGUCACGGCUAUUGUCCAUCGCUCGCCUUCCGCAUUGAGGCAGACAAAGCAUGCACCAUCCCGAGCUCCUCAGGCUGCCAAAUCACCAAUGUCGCAAAACAAACCGACUGCUCAAGAUGCGUGGGAGCAACCUCCCUACUCCCAUCAGCGCAGCACCGAGGCAUCCAGAGCUAGAGAGUGGAUGUUGCUGCUGCAGCGCGAGCAAGGCGACGAAGCUGCCUCUGCACGGCCCGUAGCGACGGGCAAAGCCCACAAGAAUGCGCAGUCAGGCUUCGGCCAGGCGGACACCGCAAGAGGCAGAAACAAAUCGUGGACUCCUGCAGAGGAUUUGAUCGUUUGCAAUGCGUAAGUCGUGAGGGGGGCGGGGCGGGGCGGGGCGAGAGCCGCGCGGAGACGACCGUACCAUUCGAGCGCAUUGAUAGGCUCACCACGCUCUCGUUGCGCGUCGAAUGCCCACCCAAUGAACAGCCUCCAAGCCGCGUCCAAGCAGGUUCGAAGGUCUUUAGCGAACAAGUUGGGACGUGCUUCUAGCAGCACAGAGUUGCGAAGUGAGAGAAAGAAUUCACCAGAGCUAAAUUUCCCUUCCCCCCCCCCUCUCCCAUGCCCCCUCAAAGCCCAGUCACAAAACAAAGCUGACCCGCUUCGCAUCUUUUCCCUUCGCAGUCGACGACAUUAUCUGGUCCGGCUUCAACAAGCUUCACGCCGUAUCUGGACUUGCGCGCGGACGUCGAGCCUGA